CAUAAUUGUACAUGCAGUUGUUGUCCUUUUUUGCUGUAGAAUGGCUCAGAAAGCAGAAAGAGCACCCUCCGCAGACAGUGCCUUAACUGAUGGAGCUGCUCAUAAAUUCAUCCAAAAAACACCGCAAAAAAACAAGAGCAAACAAUCCAGUGAGGAGGCCAUGAACAAAAUGUACACCAACCUUCUUAACAGUGUGUUUGGACAGGAGAGAGAAUUAUCUCAACCUGAAUUAGAUGAGCUAGCGGAGGCCUUUAAAGAGUUCGACUAUGAUCAGGACGGGUAUCUAAAUUACAAAGACCUUGCAGAAUGUAUGAGGUCGAUGGGUUACAUGCCCACUGAGAUGGAGCUACUGGAAAUCAUCCAGCAGAUUAAAAUGAGGUUGGGUGGAUUGAUGGAUUUUGACGAUUUCUGCGAGUUGAUGGGACCAAGGAUGAUGGUGGAGACCGCUCACAUGUUGGGACUGAAAGAACUUCAGUGCUCCUUUAAACAGUUUGAUACAGACGGUGAUGGUAAAAUAACCUUGGAUGAGUUGAAAGAGGCAGUUAAGACGUUACUGGGUGAAAAGCUAAAGAAAGGAGAGUUGGAGGAAAUUCUAAAGGAGAUGGACCUCAAUGGAGACGGCACUGUGGAUUUUAAUGGUAACCGGCCCCAACACACAAUACUUACAAAGAGUUUGUUAUGAUGCUGUCGGUGCAGUAGCUCUCACAGAACCUCUACACUACCUACACAAGAUGUGUAUUCGGCUUGCUCAACAGUGGUUUUUGGUCUGUUGGUCCUGGAUUCUUUAAAGUUGCUUUGAGACGAUGUCUAUUGUAAAAAGCGCUAUAUAAAUAAAAUUGACAUGACUUGA